AUGUCAACUACAAAAAAUCUUAUUCGAUCAGGACAUUUAAGCGAAUAUGAUGAUGUGUUUAAUGAAUGGAUUCGAGAGGGAAUUAUCAAAAUUGUAAAUGAAGAUAAGAAUAAAGGACAUUAUUUACCUCAUCAUCCUGUAAUAAAGACUGGAGAUACAACUACAAAGAUUCGCCCUGUUUUCGAUGUCUCAGCAAAAGACUCUAAAGCAAAUUGCUUGAAUAAUUGCUUAGAAAAGGGUCCAAAUUUAUUAGAAUUAGUACCAAAAUUGAUAAUGCAAUUUCGCAAAAAUGCUAUUGGAAUAACAUCAGAUAUUAAAAAGGCCUUCUUACAAAUCAGUUUGAACCCAAAGGAUAGAGAUUAUUUUAAGUUUUUAUGGUGGAAAGAUUUUUCAAGAAGAGAGGAAUUGAUCACCCUGAGACAUUGUCGAGUGGUAUUUGGUGCUUCUCCUAGUCCAUUUUUACUUGAGGCGACGAUAGCUCAUCAUCUAGAGAAUGUCUCAGAUGGAAGGAAGGAAACAGCUCGUCAACUUCAAAAAUCCUUUUAUGUAGAUAACUGCAUAACUAGUUUAGAAACUAGAGAAGAGGCAGCCAAAUUUAUUUCUGAAGCUAAAGAACUAAUGUCUGCAGCCAAAUUUGAUUUGCGAGGUUGGAUUACUUCUGCAGAAAUUGUAGAAGAAACAAAAAAGAGAUAUAUUCCAAUACUAGGACUUUCCUGGGAUACUGAAAAUGAUGAACUUUCUUGUAACAGUGCUAUUAAAAUUUCAGAAGAAAAUAUAACCAAACGAACAUUAUUAUCUAUUGCUCAACGAAUUUACGACCCAAUAGGAUUUACAAGUCCAACUACUCUAAUUCCAAAGAUCAUUCUACAAAAAACAUGGAAAAGAAAAAUUAAUUGGGAUGAUGUGCUUCCACCAGAUAUAUGUAAUGAAUUUUUAGCCUGGUACAAACAUAUAAAUCUGCUAAAAGAUUGCAAAAUUCCAAGAAGACUCAUUUCAAAUCCCUUUAAAGAUUGUCAGAUAAGUCUUCACUGUUUCAGUGACGCCAGUGAAGCCUCUUAUGCUGCAUGUAUUUUUUUACGUGCUGAAUAUAACGGGAAAGUUUCAGUGGCAAGUAAGUCAAGAGUGUCACCAACAAAGGAAAUUACAAUUCCUCGAUUAGAACUGUUGGGAGCUCUUAUAUUAUCCCGAUUAUAUUGCCAAGUGACAGAUGGACUUGAGGUAAAUUUUAAUGAAGUAUACUUUUGGACUGACUCGACUGUUGUCUUAACUUGGAUUAAACGGGAUAGUUCUUGGAAUACAUUUGUAAGAAAUAGGAUAACUGAAAUAAGAAAAUAUACCAAUUCUGAUAACUGGCAUUUCGUGCCAGGUCAUAUGAAUCCAGCAGACCUUCCUUCAAGAGGCUGUGAUGCAAAGAUUUUAUUGAAGAGCAAGUGGUGGGAAGGUCCAGAAUGGUUAUCAAAGUCACAAGAAUACUGGCCUUUGAAUGAAAAACAAAUUAUUGAUGAAAAUUUAGUUGAAUCAGAGAAAAGGGAAACAAUAGUCAGUAAUGUGGAGCAUGAAUCAGUUAACUUUACUGACCAUCUACUUUAUUUCUCGAAAUAUACAAAGAUUUUAAGAAUGUUGACUUGGAUACUACGUUUAAUUAAAAACUGUCGUCUUAAAGAAAAAUGUAAGGAAACCGAACUAACCUAUGAAGAAGUCCAAUCAACUGAAAACUGUUUGCUAAAGCUAAUUCAAAAGGAAAGUUUUGCAGGAAGCAAGAUGAAAGCAUUGAAAAAUAUGCAAACUUUCAAAGACGAUUCCGACAUUCUUAAAGUUAGAACUAAGCUCAUACUGGGAGAUGAAGAAGAGAAUUUUAAGUACCCUAUAUUGUUGCCAGGUAACCAUGAAAUAAUUCGUCGAUUGAUACACCAGAAACAUUGUGAGUUGCAGCAUGCCGGACUUCGAACUCUCAUUUCCAAUUUGAGGGAAAAUUACUGGAUUAUUUCUGUCAAUAAAAUAGCAAAACAAGUAAGCUCUCAUUGUAUUACUUGCAAAAGAUUUAAAGCCAAACCUACGGAGCCACCUUUAGCACCUCUUCCUAAAAAUAGAAUAAAAGUUGCUGCAGCAUUUGAAGUCACAGGGAUUGAUUUGGCAGGCCCAUUGUUUUUGCGUUCUGGAGAAAAUACAUGGAUUGUCCUUUUUACCUGUGUUAUUUAUAGGGCUGUUCAUCUUGAGUUAGUCAAUUCCUUGUCCACGGAUGCCUUUAUAAUGGCUUUAAGAAGAUUUUUUGCUAGGAGAGGUCGAGUUAAUAUAAUCUACACUGAUAACGGCACCAACUUCGUUGGUUCAAGUAAUGCCUUGAAAAAUCUAGAUUGGGAGAAGAUCAUGUCGUUUUCCACUAUCAAGAAAAUUAAAUGGAAUUUCAACCCUCCAACUGCUGCAUGGUGGGGUGGAUGGUGGGAGCGGAUGAUUCGCAUGCUAAAAGAAAUGCUAAGGAGAAUUUUGGGCCGAAAGAGUAUUGAUUAUGAAGAAUUGGAAACUCUUAUAUGUGACUGUGAAGCUACAAUAAAUUCCAGGCCUCUCACAUAUAUUGAAGAUAAUUCAGAAGGUCUAAGGCCAUUGACACCUGCUUGUUUCUUGCAAGGCAUUCCCAGUAGUGAUACAACUGAUUUAGACGAAAUCGACAGUAAAAGCCUAAAUAGAAGAUUACGUUUUAUUCAAAAACUACGGCAUGAUUUAAGAAUGAGAUUUCGCAACGAAUACUUAGCAAUGUUAGUGCAUAAAGGUCGUCACACCCGAGAUGAAUCUUUGAAUGUUGGAGACAUAAUUCUCCUUGAAACUGAUGGAAAACGCCUUCACUGGCCCUUAGGAAUUGUAACUGAUGUCCUCCCUGGAGCAGAUGGACAUUCAAGAGUCGCCAGAGUAAGAACAGCUCAAGGGAAAAAAUUAAGACCAUUCCAGAGACUUUAUUCCUUGGAAAUCAGAAGUUCUGAAAAAUUUCCAUUCAUUGCUCAGCAAAAGGAUAAAGACACAAACACUCAACUUCCUGCAACUCCAGCUGUUUCAGAUCAAGAUUCCAGUGAAGAUGAUGAUUAUAUAACCAAAGUAACUCCUGAUGUUGUCACUAAAGCUGGACGGCGUAUUAAAAUUCCCAAUAGACUCGAUUUAUAA